UGCUGGUGGACUUAAUGUGCACAGCACGAUAACAAGAAGUCAUGCAGUGUUUAGUAUGAUAAACAGUUAAAUACGAAUUUACUAAUAUAUUUAUUUGAAUGCACUACCCUACCCGAAAGAAUGUUAGCUUUUGAAAAUUGCACGAGGAUAUAGAAAAGGGAAGCGAGAGCGUGUGUAGUCAUAAUUUCGUAAUUGAAGAUACUAAGUAUGAAGUACUGUACUGUAUUGUUUGAAAUCUAAUCUCAUUCGUUGUUCUUUUUGUUGUUUUUUUAAAUUACUACAAUGCCUUUUUGGAUAGUAUUUCUAGUUUUCUUCUCCGACUUGUGGUACACUGGGUUUACCAGCCGUACUGGCCCCAAUAUCGUUCUCAUUUUUGCCGAUGAUUUGGGGUUCGGUGAUCUGGGGUGCUAUGGACAUCCGACUUCAAUAACUCCAAACCUUGAUACAAUGGCAGCCAAUGGACUGCGUUUUACAGAUUUCUACUGCGCCAGCCCAGUGUGUAGCCCUUCUAGGGCAGCACUGUUGACAGGCCGCUAUCAGACUCGCUCUGGAGUUUACCCUGGUGUCUUCUACCCCGGGUCAAAAGGUGGACUCCCACUAAAUGAGACCACUAUCGCAGAGGUCCUCAAGCCCUUGGGCUACGCUACAGCCAUGGUUGGCAAGUGGCACCUGGGCAUUGGAGCCAGUGGAAGCUUCCUACCUGUCUACCAGGGAUUUGACCAUUACCUAGGUGUGCCUUACUCUCACGACCAGGGCCCUUGCCAGAACCUGACUUGCUUUCCUCCAGACACAAAGUGUUAUGGGAUGUGUGACCAAGGAGUGGUCCUGCUGCCCUUGUUUUUUAACGAUACAAUAAUUCAGCAGCCUGUGAGCUUCCCUGAUCUGGUGCCACACUACAAGAAGUUCACCACAGAAUUCAUUACGGAGUCUGCCAGAAAAAAACAGCCUUUCUUUCUCUACUACGCCUCACAUCACACACACUACCCCCAGUUUGCAAGUGCUUUAACUGCAGGAAAGUCACUGCGUGGACGCUUUGGAGAUGCCCUGAUGGAAUUUGACACUUCAGUGGGAGCAAUUCUUGAAGCACUAGAAGCAAGUGGUAUCCAAAAUAACACCUUUGUGUUCUUCACCAGUGAUAAUGGCCCUGAACUAUUGCGAAUGUCUCGUGGGGGGAACGCUGGACUUCUGAAAUGUGGGAAAGGAACAACAUAUGAGGGGGGGAUGAGAGAACCUGCAAUUGCAUACUGGCCAGGAAGAAUCCAACCAGGGGUUACUCAUGAGUUGGGAAGCACCUUGGACCUUCUGCCAACCAUUGCAGCUCUUGCACAGGCAAAACUUCCCAGUGCAGAGCUUGAUGGCUACGACAUGAGCAACAUCCUGUUCACAAGUCAAUCGAGCAUGAGAAAAACAAUGUUCUAUUAUCCUGAUGAUCCUUCUAUAAAACUGGGUGUGUUUGCAGUGCGAUAUGGAAAGUACAAAGCACAUUACUACACACGAGGUUCUUCACACAGUGAAACAACUCCAGACAACGACUGCCACAUCAUUGCCGGACUGAAGGCACAUGACCCACCCCUGCUCUUUGAUCUGGAGACAGACCCCUCUGAGAACUACAACCUAAUGAUCUACGACUACCAGCCUGAGUACGACCUGGUGUUAAAGAAGAUACAGCAGCUAAAGACCCAGUUUGAGGCGACAAUGGUGUUUGGAGAGAGCCAGAUUGGAAAGGGAUCUGACCACUCACUGGAGCCGUGCUGUAACCCACAAUGCUCUCCAAAACCUGCCUGCUGUGCAUGUCUUCCCUAAAGACUAAAAUUGAAAGUGAAUUAUCACAGUCCAACUAAAAAAAUAAAUAAACUGAUAACAGUAUUUGUUUACUUGAAUGAUCAACAUGCACUGAUCACCUUAACACCGUUUCACCUUCAGGUUUGUCUGGCUGGGCACAACAGCUGGUUGGGGCCUAUAUAGUGAAUGAAGGCAUUGUUGAAGCCAAAUCAGUUGUCUAUUUGGAGAUUCUCCAAGAGUCCCCAGAGUAAUUAUUAUUCCCUGUUUGUAAUGUAAAUCAAUAAUAAUAAUCCUUAUGCGGUGUCCUGCCUCUCCAGGUGGUAUAUCUUUAAAAAACAAAAUUGUGAUAUGACGCAGUGAAGCUUUUAAAUUAUUUUAAAACCAAUGUUUUGUUUUUUUUGCUGAUAAUUUUUAAAAAAUACAACUCAGUGAUGGAUAGUCAUUUAAAGUACAUUUCAAAUGUUUUUUUUUUUUUUUUUUUUUUUUAGUAUAUUAACACAACUAUAUAGAUUGAAUUGCCUUUAAAAUAUUUUAAGCAGCACAGUCUACCAGUACUGUGUAGAAAUCUUUCCACUGUACAGGGAUAAAUUCAGGGAAAAUUCACCCAUUUCAACACCCCUCCCAAAUAGUUAAGAAAUAGUUCCUUCGUAUCCUGACGUGCAAGGUACUGGUUAGCUGGAUUUCUGCUGCUGAUACAAGAUGAUGUCAGAACAUCUGAUCACAACAAAUUAUAAUGUCACAGUGAUGUCAUAGUGACUGCUAAACACCCAGCUUUACUUUAUCAGUUUAAAUAACUUGAGUGUAUUAUAGUAAAGAAAAAUAUACAGUAUACAUUCAAAAUCUAUCUGGAGCUUUUAGAAAAUGAAGACCCUUAUUUUCUUUCUUGUUUGUGCUAUGUCCUGUGCCAAUGGUGCCUAUGACUUGGACAGUAAGUGCAGCUUAAAAUUCUUAUUUUCAGAAAUUAACACAAUGCUGUUGUAGCCUAUGUUCUAAGUACUGUAGAUUUACAUUAUUAUCAGUUGUGAUUAAACAUUCUAAAUCUCA